GGGAAGCAUAUCAAAUUGACAAGAGAUUGACAACUCUUCAACUAAUCCGUAGCUAUUUCCGACCGCGAUGUGGCCAGAUGUCCGUCCGUACGCGUCGUGCCAUGGGGACUUUCGUCAAGAAACCACACACUGCCCUGCUUCCAUCUCACGUCAGCCUAGCCGGCCCCUCCCCUACGGUAGCAUGGUUAAAACUCUCGGGUUCCUGUCCAAUCGACAGUCACUGUUUGGAUUCUGAUAUGAGAUCUGCACGCUUUGGCAGCAGAUCCCCUUCCGCGCAUGGCAUGUACGGGACAUAUAUAAGCUCCAUUGUGACCUCAAGCUUCGCAAUGUCAAUCAACGUUACAUAUCGAGAAUCCAACUACAAUGGCAUCACUUGAGGCUUCACCAGAAUUCCGGGGGUCUCACCCCACAGCAUCGACGCUGGAGCAGAUUGCUGCAGAUGCACCCAAGCUGAAAAGCCUCAUGACGAACUUCCCCAAUCUUCUGGUAUACACGAACUCGGCCGAGAAGUACGAGGAAGUUAGAAGCUUCUUCAACGCGAACAUGACUCAACAGCCUUUCGCGGUCAUCCGGCCGAGAACCGAAGCCGAAAGUGUUGCCAUCAUCAAGGAGCUGAAAGCUCAAGACAUCCCAUUCGGCCUCCGGAGUGGUGGGCACGACUUGACAUUCGGGCAGGCACAGGGGAAAGACGGCGUCAUCGUGGACCUGAGAAGCCUCGACAGCAUCGUCAUCGCCGAAGACAAAAAGUCCGUCCGCGUUGGCGGCGGCAUCCUGGGCAUCAAACUCGCGCACUUUCUGCAGCAGCACAAGCUCGUCACCCCCCACGGCUGGUGUCCGACUGUUAGCAUCGCUGGCUGGGCCAUGGGCGGUGGUUACGGAUACACGAGCGCUUACCAUGGUCUUGGUGCGGACCAAAUCCUCGGUGCGCGUGUGGUUCUCGCGAAUGGCGACAUUGUCGACACGGACGAUCAUCCUGAGUUGCUCUGGGCUCUUUGCGGCGCUGGCAACGGCAACUUUGGUGUUGUAGUCGAGCUGCAGCUCAAGGUGUAUCCCCAAACGGGCUUCUUGGCGGGCUUUCUCGGAUUUCCCAAUGAUCAGGUUGGCGAAGUGUUGAAGAAAUUUGGUGAAUUUGAGAGGGAUUUGCCUGUCAACUUCACUGGCGAAGCUACUCACAUGGCUCUUCCCGGCGUUGGUCCCGUAUUUGCCUGGCUGUUUGCUUGGACGUCUGAGAACGAUGAUCUGGAAGAGGGUUGGGCUUUCUUUGAGAAGAUGAAGUCUCUUGGUACGCCAGUUCUCAACACGGUGGCAGAAGUGGACGACUUUACGUUUUUCGAUGCAAUCCCCUCGCCGACUAAUGUCCACUGGUAUCCUCGACUGAGGAUGUUCGAAUAUUUCACUCCAGGAAUAGCCAGUGCGUUCGGCAACAAUUCACCACCGGGUGCAACCUCGGCUACUGUUAUCCAUGCCGCUCAUGGUCGAGCCAUCGAGGCGAACCCGUCAGUAUGCUACCCUCUGCGCAAGAGGCAUCGCAUAGCAGCUCCCUCGGGUGGUGUCAUCGACACCACCGCACAGGCGGCGGAAUAUGAAGAGUAUAAGAAAUGGGCGGAUGAUUUGGUCAACUCCCUCUCAGAACACGGCCAAAUGCUUCCAUACGGGAACCGUAACCUGGGGCCUGACAGGGACAUGGACUGGGUAUCAACAUAUGGCGAGGACACCCUAUCAAGGCUCAGGGAGAUCAAGCAGAAGUUCGACCCGGAAAAUGUCUUCAAAACGGGGUAUCCGAAGUUAGCAUAAGUUGAGAUUACGGUGCGACUUGAAGCUACCACAUACGAAUAGCGUUGGUGUUGGUCGUACGGUUGGUCAUGAUUGUUGAACGAAAUAUAGUAGGCGAAUGUCACAUACCUAGGCCUCUUGCUACAACCAACGAAUUGACAACUAGUUUGACUGCGGCGCAUUGCUUUCCGAGGCGGCAGACAGUUCGGCCAGCCACCCGAAGUCCCUGAUGCCCCAAAAGAAUUAAACGCCGUCGUUCAAGUCUUUCUCUUGUCAGCUUAUUACACGAUUAAGCGAAU